AUGGGAAAUCUUUGCUUUCAUUUCUUCUCCUCCAUUUUCUCCAUGCUCUGUCUCAUGGUUUGCCCAUCUUUAUGUCAUUCCAAUUUUACCCUUGAUGGAUUGACACUUCUUGCUUUCAAAUCUUCUAUUAGGGACCCGAACAAUCACUUGAAAAAUUGGUCCAACUCAUCAUCUUCCUUUUGCAACUGGUUUGGAGUCACAUGUGAUUCUAACAAUGAGAGAGUAAGAAUCCUCAAUCUUCCUGAGAUAGGUCUUGAGGGCACCUUACCUUCACAAAUUGGAAAUAUGUCCUUUCUGGAAAAACUCGAACUACAGAGCAACAACUUUCAUGGUGGGUUGCCAAAAGAGUUGCUUCAAUUGUGCAAAUUGGAAAUUCUAAACUUGAGUUAUAAUGCACUUAGUGGAGAAAUUCCAACUUGGAUUGGAAGCUUGUUUAUGCUUCAACACUUGAGUCUUGGCAAUAAUAGUUUUGGAGGUGUCAUUCCUCCAAGCAUAUGCAAUUUGUCUAAGUUGGAGACCUUGGAUUUGAAGUCUAAUUCCAUCAACGGAUCUAUUCCAUUGGAUAUUGGAAGACUUCAACACCUAAAAGUUUUAUGCAUUUCUAAAAACAUGCUUUCAAGAAGUAUACCUCCAACUAUCUCUAACUUAUCAUCACUUGAACACAUUUCUUUGUCUCUCAACUUCUUAGAAGGAAAAAUUCCCAUUGAAAUUGUAAGUCUUGCAAAUCUGAAGAUAAUAACCCUAGGGGUUAAUCAGCUAUCUGGCCCCAUACCAGGAGGCAUUGGAAACUUGACUGUGCUUCAACAAUUGUAUCUUCAUAGCAAUAAUUUAGAAGGAUCAAUACCUAUGGAAAUUGGUAAUCUUCAACAGCUUGAGAUAUUAAAAUUGUCUCAAAACAAAUUGAGAGGGUCUAUUCCAUCAAAGAUUUUCAACAUGUCAACUUUGGAGGGCAACAAACUUUCUGGAAAAAUCCCAAAUACCAUAUCCAAUGCUUCUAAGCUAACAACUCUAGAAUUGGAGGAAAAUAAUUUUGAAGGGGUUUUACCAAACACACUUGGGCAUUUAAGAUACUUAGAAACCCUUUCAACAUUUGAAAAGUUUGAUUCUCUAAACGAAUCCACUGCACAUGAAACUUCCCAAGUCCAUUAG